AUGGGGGAGUGGGUCUUUCUCUCCCUGCAGGCGCUCACGCCGCCGGGCCUCUUGGCCGACGCCGCGCCCGAAGAGACGCCGCCGUCCAUGUGCAGCCGCCGCGUCGGCGGGACCUGCCGCUGCCGAACGCCGCGGCUGUCCUUCGCGAUGGUUGUCGUCUUAUUCGGCCUGAACAUCGCCAUCCUUAUCCUUGUCAGUGUCUUUUCGCCCGCCGCGUCCAGCUGCCGACGCGCGCCGCGAGGUCUCUUCGUCGCCGCGACCGCGGGCGACAAGGCCCUGAGGACCGGCCUGGCUCGCCGCCUGUUCGCCACGCGCCCGCUCGCCCACCUGCAUCUCACAGCGGAGGCUGCUUCUCCAUUCUCGAAGCGAAAGCCUCGCAGAGACUCCUUCGCCGUAGGCACGGACCCUAAGCGCCUCCUGUGGGCGGCACCAGGGGCGCCGGUGCUCGAGGGGAAGGACGCGAGCGCCGAAGACCUGACAACACGGCUGGAGACAGCCACGACGCGAAGCGGAUACGAGAGCGGCAAGCGAGCGCCGCAGGGCGAACCGGGUCGAGCCUCUUUUGCAGAGGUGAGGGAAUCGGCUUCGGCUGCCGCCGAGAUCUCGAGGCGGGCGGGAAGCGACGAGACGGCGCCACGACAAGAGGCGGUUUCGACUCCGAUGUUGGACGCAGCCGCGAAACGUCCGCCUUCCGGCACGGAGCCCAACGUCGUGACCGGCGAAGGAGAGACGCUCUUGUCGCGUCUGCGGGACGGGAAAGGAGGCUUGCCUGCGGAGACCGACUCUGUAGGUCUGUCUCAAGAGCUCGCAAGGAGGAGCCUCCAAGCUCGUGGCGGAUACGGCGGACAGGAAGGCAGGGCGGGUAUCAGCCACGCGCAGACCGCCUCGCCCGCUGCUGUCCUCGCCCCGGGCGCCGGGCACAUUCUGGUGCAGCAUUCCGCCUCGACGUGGGGGGGAAGCGGAGACUCCGGCGCGGAGGCUUCGCGCCCCGACUCCUCCGGGGCAAAGCGUGCAGCCACGGGGCCUGCGCCAGACGCAUCGAGCGCGCGCGAGGCCGCCAGCCAGCCGGUCAGCUUCGCUUCGCUCGGUGGAGUGGCACAGGACGGAGGGCCGCUGCGUGGGCGGCGACAGGGGCCGCUGCGCGGUCGCGCGGCUUCGCUGUCGUUUUCAGACGAGCGGCACGCGUUUUCGAUGCUGCAAAUGAACGGUUCAGGCCUCGCGCUCGCCGCAGGCAUCGGUGGCGUGAUGCUGGGCUCGGCGCUGAACAACGGGUAUCCACUGGCGUCCCCGUACGGCGCAGCCUACCCCUACUCGCCCUACGCCAUGUCCUACUACCCGCCAGACUGCGCAGUCUAUGGCGUGUAUCCUGGGACGUGCGACCUGACCACGCUCCAGCUCACGCUCAUCAUCUUCGCGUGUCUCUUUUUCUUCAUCCUCAUGGGAAUCGCUAUCUACUGCUGUGUGUGCGGCCGAGAAAGCCGGAGAGGCGGGCACAAGAGCAAGUAA